AUGACUGAAGUGCCUCUAGAAUAUGACAUAUUUUCAGACUUAAACCUAUAUUUGGUGAUCGGCCUUGGCUCGGUGUCCUUUCUGUUGUUGAUCACCAUAUUGGUCACCUGUGUGCUGAAGUGUCAGAAACCAAAGCCCAGCAAAGCGCCCCCUCCAAGUAGGAACAGUGUGAUCAGUGAGAGGAACUCGACCAUCGCAGAUUCCACCCUGGUCUCCAACGAUGCCUACUGGUACAGUCUGUUUCUAGCGGAGACUAGGAAAGGAAAGCUGGUGGUCAGACAGCCUGUGCCUAAGGCGGGGUCCAGAUACAUCGUGUCCAGUAUACCAAGGAGCACGGGAUUGACAGAGACCAGCGACUCAGCAGCUUCUACUCUGCAGGUAAGACAAAACCCUCCAUCUGAUUUGACCAAAUUACCCUCAAUCCCUUUGAUAAACAAGCCUGGAUGUCUGUGCGUAAAAGCAGUCAAUGCAGGGUGAAACGUUCAUGCAUAUAGGCAUAAAUAUAUGGGUUGUGAACAAACAAGUAUGACAACGCAAAACAACAACAACAAAAAACAUUUAGAACUAUUGAUUGUAUUAUACCUAUUUUAAUCAAUUAAACUUUUCUGCCUGGUUUUAAUUCAAUGGUGUGAAUGCUGGUAAAAUGCGCGAAGUGUCGCUGCUCACCAGUAAAACGAACUCUUCUAUGAUGUAACAGUCGCCAUGACAGUUCGUUACAGUGAAGAAAGCAAAGCAAUUUGUGGAUAUCUCCUUGGUCCUGAAUCCUUCGCUGUGAAAAGGAUGAUCUAAAAUACAUCUCGGUACAACGGUCGACUCGUUUGGCGUCUCAUACCACCAUCAAAAGGUAUCGUUUUCUAUAUUGCAUCACGCACUGAUCAAAACAAUCAAACGAUGGAGGCACAUUGUCUCGUUCAACCCUGGAAAAGGUACGUGUCGAUCUUUGUUAUAUUCUCUGCCACCAUGAACACGUUGUCUGCCGUUACCCACUAUUCUAUUCCCGAAGAAAUGGAGGAAGGCUCUGUUGUUGCGAAUCUAGCUGCUGAUUUGGGACUGGACGUGAAAACACUGAGUAGACGGAAGAUGCGGUUAGAUAUUAUUGCCAAUAAGAAAUACUUGGAUGUGAACAAAGAAACAGGCGAACUGUACGUUGUUGAGAAGAUAGAUCGAGAAUAUCUCUGCGCUUCUAAAACAGCCACAACUUGUUUUCUGAAAUUAGAUGCUACAAUCGAAAACCCAAUACGAAUAUUCAACAUUGAAUUGGAAAUAAUGGAUAUCAAUGACAAUGCGCCACAUUUUCGACGAGAUUCCAUACACUUGGACAUAUCUGAAUCCACACCAACUGGGGAAAGAUUCUCGUUAAACAAUGCAGUGGAUUCUGAUGUCGGUACAAACUCAAUUAAAACAUACUAUCUCAGUGAAAGUGAGCAUUUUAAUAUUGAAGUUCAGACUGGGAGAGACGGGUCAAAGUUUGCUGAUCUAAUUUUGAAAAAUACUUUAGACCGAGAGGAGCAGGCGGUUCAUAAUCUAAUACUCACCGCUGUAGAUGGUGGAGUCCCCGCACGCUCUGGCACAGCCAGCAUCAUUGUUCGCGUGCUGGACACGAAUGACAACGCCCCUAAAUUUAAAAAGGAUAAUUACAAUAUAAACAUAAUGGAGAACUAUCCAAUCGGAAGUCUUGUGGUUAAAUUGAACGCAACUGAUAUUGAUGAUGGUACUAAUUCGGACAUUGUCUAUUCAUUUAGUUUGUAUACAUCAGAAAAGGCUCAAGGAACCUUCAGUUUGAACCCAACUAACGGAGAAAUCAGAGUAAAAGAAAUGAUUAAUUAUGAAGAUUUUAGAAUAUAUGAUAUGGAAGUCAUAGCAACCGACAAGGGGACCAAUUCCUUAUCAGGACAGUGUAAAUUAACUAUUCUAGUCACAGAUAUGAAUGAUAAUCAUCCAGAAAUCUCAAUCAAAUCAUUUCAAAGUCCAGUCAAGGAGGAUAUAGCAGUAGACACGGUGAUAGCAGUGGUUAGUGUCAGCGAUAAAGAUUCAGGUGAAAAUGGAAAAGUCGAUAUUAAUAUUUCUGAUCAAUUACCUUUUGAGCUAAGAGAGUCUUCUGAUAACUAUUAUGAGUUGGUAGUUUCAGAGCCUCUGGACCGUGAGAAGGUCCCAGAAUAUGACAUCACCUUUACCGUAACAGACAGGGGUUCCCCUCCACUAUCUGACAAUGAAACUAUGACUUUAGAACUACUAGACGUUAACGACAAUGUCCCACAGUUCCCCCAGUCGUUCUACACUAUUCCCGUUAUGGAGAAUAACGCACCUGGGGCCUUGCUAAGUUCCCUCACUGCGUUUGAUCCAGACCUCCAUGAAAACCAGUAUCUAGUUUAUUUCAUCAUAGAGAAGGAGAUAGUGAACACCUCGAUGUCCAUGCUGUUCUCCAUCAAUCCGGAGAACGGUAAUCUUUACGCACUAAAGACGUUUGACUAUGAGAUAGAGAAGGAGUUCCUUUUCCACAUUGAGGCCAGAGACUCUGGUGUUCCUCCGCUCAGCAGUAACGUGACUGUCCACAUCAUUAUUGUGGACCAGAACGACAACCCCCCGGUCAUAGUCUCUCCGUGGCGCGCGCUCGGCUCCGUGGUGGAGGAGAAGAUCCCCAGAUCCACCGAUAAAGGAUCCCUGGUCUCCAAGGUGAUAGCCAUAGACACCGACUCGGUCCAGAACUCUCGGAUUACAUACCAGUUUCUACAGGUUACUGACGCCACCUUAUUCAGUCUGGACCAAUACAACGGAGAGAUUCGGACUAUGAGAAUGUUCAGUUACAGAGAUCCGCGUCAUCAACGGCUGGUUGUCAUCGCCAAAGACAACGGGGACCCUGCGCUCUCUGCUACAGUUACCAUAAAGCUCUCAACAGUGGAGACUGCCGUUAAAGCCUACUCUGAUAUGACUGAAGUGCCUCUACAAUAUGACAUCUUUACAGACUUAAACCUGUAUUUAGUGAUCGGCCUGGGCUCGGUGUCCUUUCUGUUAUUGAUCACCAUAUUGGUCACCUGUGUGCUGAAGUGUCAGAAACCAAAGCCCAGCAAAGCGGCUCCUCCAAGUAGGAACAGUGUGAUCAGCGAGAGGAACUCAACCAUCGCAGAUUCCACCCUGGUCUCCAACGAUGCCUACUGGUACAGUCUGUUUCUAGCGGAGACUAGGAAAGGAAAGCUGGUAGUCAGACAGCCUGUGCCAAAGGCGGGCUCCAGAUACAUCGUGUCCAGUAUACCAAGGAGCACGGGCCUGACAGAGACCAGCGACUCAGCGGCCUCUACUUUGCAAGUAAGAAUACACUCUUAAUAUAUUAUAACAGAAUGAAAUGCUAUGCUAUACAUACAGUUGCUAUAGUCCCGUGCGUAAAACCAGGGCACAAAUAAAUAUAAGUAAGUAAUAAAAGCUGUAUAAAAAAAAAUAUAUAUAUAUAUAUGGACAUAUGUAUUUCCCUAAUCCAACAGUUAGUCUCACCCGAAAGGUGGACAUAUUUCCAAUUCUAAGGUGAAGUCUGAUAAAAUGCUCAAAGCGUCGCUGUUCACCAAUAAAACCCACUCUUCUGUGAUGUAACAGUCGUCAUGACAGUUUGUCGCUAGGAAGAGAACAAGGCAAUUUCAUGUAAACAGCUCCCUGGUCCUGAAUCCAUCUUUGACUAAUGAUAAUUUAAAUUACAUUGCAUUACAACGCCGGAACUGUCGUCGACUCGUCUUCUCAUAUUCAAAAAGGUCCCAUUUUGUUGCUUGGUGCAUUGCGCAAAACAGUCAAAUGAUGGUUGAACAUCGCAUCGUUCAGCACUGGAUAAGGUACGUCUCUGUCUUUCUUCUUUUCUCUGCGGUCCUGAACACGGUGUAUGCGGUUACUCACUAUUCUAUUCCUGAAGAAAUGGAGGAAGGUUCCGUUAUUGCUAAUCUGGCCUCUGAUUUGGGGCUGAACACGAACAGCCUCAGUAAUCGCAAGAUGCGCUUGGAUGUUAUUGCCAACAAAAAAUAUCUGGACGUUAACAAAGAAACUGGCGAGCUGUAUAUCGUCGAAAGGUUGGACAGGGAAUCUCUUUGUACAACUAAGACAGCAACAUCAUGUUUUCUUAAAAUGGAUGCAACGAUUGAAAAUCCAAUAAGGAUGUUCAAUAUAGAAUUAGAAAUCCUGGAUAUAAACGACAACGCGCCACAUUUUCGACGGGACACAAUGCAUUUGGAUAUAUCAGAGUCUACUCCCGUUGGGGAGCGAUUCUCUCUGAACAAUGCAGUGGACCCGGACGUUGGUAGCAACACUGUUAAAACCUACCACCUAAGUGAGAGUGAACAUUUCAAUAUCGAAAUACAGACCGGUAGAGAUGGAGCAAAAUUUGCUGAUUUGAUACUGCAAAAGGCUUUAGACCGAGAAAAGCAGUCGGUUCACAAUCUAAUACUCACGGCUGUAGAUGGCGGAGUACCCCGCGCGCUCUGGAAUAGCCAACAUCAUUGUUCGCGUUCUAGAUACAAAUGACAACGCCCCUAAGUUUAAUAAAGACACCUACAAAAUAGAUAUAAUGGAAAACUCUCCAAUUGGAAGUCUUGUGGUAAAAUUGAAUGCAACAGACUUAGAUGAGGGCACCAAUUCGGAAAUAAUAUAUUCAUAUAGUUUGUAUACAUCUGAGAAAACUCAAGGCACUUUCAGUUUAAACCCUAACAAUGGAGAAAUAACGGUAAAAGAAAUGAUAAAUUAUGAAGAUUUCAGGAUUUACGAUAUGGAAGUCAUAGCAACAGAUAAGGGAGCGAAUUCCUUGUCAGGUCAGUGUAAAUUAACCAUUUUAGUCACCGAUAUGAAUGAUAAUCAUCCCGAAAUAUCUAUUAAAUCUUUCCAAAGUCCAGUCAAGGAGGAUAUAGCAGUAGACACGGUAAUAGCAGUGGUUAGUGUCAGCGAUAAAGAUUCAGGUGAAAAUGGUAUAGUUGACCUUCAUAUUGCUGAUAAAUUACCUUUUGCGCUGAGAGAAUCCUCUGGUAACUAUUAUGAGUUAGUAGUUUCAGAACCUCUGGACCGCGAGAAGGUCCCAGAAUAUGACAUCACUUUUACCGUAACAGACAGGGGAUCCCCUCCGCUAUCUGACAAUGAAACUAUGACUUUAGAACUACUUGACGUAAACGACAACGUUCCACAGUUCCCACAGUCAUUCUACACUAUUCCCGUUAUGGAGAAUAACGCACCUGGGGCCUUGCUAAGUUCCCUCACUGCGUUUGAUCCAGACCUCCAUGAAAACCAGUAUCUAGUUUAUUUCAUCAUAGAAAAGGAGAUAGUGAACACCUCGAUGUCCAUGCUGUUCUCCAUCAAUCCGGAGAACGGUAAUCUUUACGCACUGAAGACGUUUGACUAUGAGAUAGAGAAGGAGUUCCUUUUCCACAUUGAGGCCAGAGACUCUGGUGUUCCUCCACUCAGCAGUAACGUGACUGUCCACAUCAUUAUUGUGGACCAGAACGACAACACCCCGGUCAUAGUGUCUCCGUGGCGCGCGCACGGCUCCAUGGUGGAGGAAAAGAUCCACAGAUCCACCGAUAAAGGAACCCUGGUCUCCAAGGUGAUAGCCAUAGACACGGACUCGGUCCAGAACUCUCGGAUUACAUACCAGUUUCUACAGGUUACUGACGCCACCUUAUUCAGUCUGGACCAAUACAACGGAGAGAUUCGGACAAUGAGAAUGUUCAGUUACAGAGAUCCGCGUCAUCAACGGCUGGUUGUCAUCGCCAAGGACAACGGGGACCCUGCUCUCUCUGCUACAGUUACUAUAAAGCUCUCAACAGUGGAGACUGCCGUUAAAGCCUACUCUGAUAUGACUGAAGUGCCUCUAGAAUAUGACAUAUUUUCAGACUUAAACCUCUAUUUGGUGAUCGGCCUUGGCUCGGUUUCCUUUCUGUUAUUGAUCACCAUAUUGGUCACCUGUGUGCUGAAGUGUCAGAAACCAAUGCCCAGCAAAGCAGCUCCUCCCAGUAGGAACAGCGUGAUCAGCGAGAGGAACUCGACCAUCGCGGAUUCCACCCUGGUCUCCAACGAUGCCUACUGGUACAGUCUGUUUCUAGCGGAGACAAGGAAAGGAAAGCUGGUAGUCAGACAGCCUGUGCCAAAAGCGGGUUCCAGAUACAUUGUGUCUAGUAUACCAAGGAGCACGGGCCUGACAGAGACCAGCGACUCAGCAGCCUCUACUCUGCAGGUAAGAAUGACCUCCACCUAUGCUUAACUAUAAAUAGCAAUACGUUUGAUAGAGUUGUUUUCUUCAGUGCACAAUUCUCGUGCGUAAAAUGGAUGAAUUGGUUGAAUCAAGUUCGACCACGUUGAAAUCAACAAUUCCACGUCCACAUUCAAUUUAAUUAUAAGCAACCUAAUGAUUCAAUUCACAAGUCUAAAAGUUACUGUUGUCCUGUUGCAACUGUUUUCACAGACUACUUAAAGUUUCAAGGCACUAAUAAUACAAGUAAAACGUUUGCAAUGUUUGCAAUUCAGGGCUGCAUAGGCUGGCAAAAUGCACAAAGUGUCGCUGCUCACCAAUAAAACGCACUAUUCUGUGAUGUAAUCGUCGCCAUGACAGUUCGUCAUAGUGAUAGAUGCAGUGCCUAUUCUGUGUUGACAGCUACCGGUCCUGAAUUUCGCUGCUUUCGAGAUAAUUUUAGUCCAUUGUCAAAACGUUACAGGGUCAUCUCGUUUUCUUGACAUAAAUUCAACACAACUUAAUAUUUUCGUUGUGGUGCGAUACGCACAGAGCAAAGCAAUACAACAAUGGAAACGCACAUCAGUGCACAGCACUGGAUAAGGUACGUCUCGGUAUUUCUUAUUUUCUCUACCGCCCUGAACACGGCAUUUGCGGUUACUCACUAUUCUAUUCCCGAAGAAAUGGAGGAAGGCUCUAUUGUUGCUAAUCUGGCUGCUGAUUUGGGUCUUGAUGCGAAAACCUUAGUUAAGCGUAAAGUACGGUUGGAUGUUAUCGCUAAUAAGAGGUAUCUGGAGAUUAACAAAGAGACAGGAGAGCUAUUCAUCGCGGAGAAAAUUGACAGAGAGUACCUAUGCAACAGCAAAAAUCCAUCUUGUUUCAUUAAAAUGGAUGUUUCGAUUGAAGAACCAAUACGAAUGUUUAAUAUUGAAGUGGAAAUACUGGACAUAAAUGACAACGUGCCCCAUUUUCGCAGGGACACCAUGCACCUGGAUAUAUCAGAAUCCACCCCAGCAGGAGAACGAUUCUCGCUAAACAAUGCAGUUGACCCAGAUAUCGGUACAAACUCCGUUAAGUCGUAUCACUUAAGUGAUAGCGAGCAUUUUAGUAUAGAGAUUCAAACCGGGAGAGACGGGUCAAAGUUUGCUGAUUUGGUUCUAAAAAAUGCUUUAGACCGAGAAGAGCAGGCGGUCCAUAACCUAAUACUCACAGCUGUAGAUGGCGGAGUCCCCUCACGCACAGGCACAGCCAACAUCAUUGUUCGCGUUCUAGAUACGAAUGACAACGCCCCUCAAUUUGAUAAAGAAAGCUACACCAUCAAUGUUAUGGAAAACUCCCCAAUUGGAAGCCUUGUGAUUGAAUUGAAUGCAACAGACUUAGAUGAGGGAACAAAUUCGGAAAUAGUAUAUUCAUAUAGCCUUUAUACAUCAGAGAAAACUCAAGCAACGUUCAGUUUGAAUUCUAAUAAUGGUGAAAUCAGAGUAAAAGAAAUGAUUAAUUAUGAAGAUUUCAGGAUUUAUGACAUGGAAGUCAUAGCAAUGGACAAGGGACCCAAUUCCUUGAGAGGGCAGUGUAAAUUAACUAUUUUAGUUACAGAUAUGAAUGACAAUCAUCCAGAAAUUUCCAUAAAAUCAUUUCAAAGUCCUAUAAAGGAAAACGUAGCCAUAGACACAGUGAUAGCAGUUGUUAGUGUCAGCGAUAAAGAUUCAGGUGAAAAUGGUAUAAUUGACCUUCAUAUUGCUGAUCAAAUGCCAUUUGCACUAAGAGAGUCUUCUGAUAACUAUUAUGAGUUGGUAGUUUCAGAGCCUCUGGACCGCGAGAAGGUCCCAGAAUAUGACAUCACUUUUACCGGUAACAGACAGGGGUUCCCCUCCGCUAUCUGACAACGAAACUGUGACUUUAGAACUACUAGACGUUAACGACAACGUCCCACAGUUCCCCCAGUCGUUCUACACUAUACCCGUUAUGGAGAAUAACGCACCUGGGGCCUUGCUAAGUUCCCUCACUGCGUUUGAUCCAGACCUCCAUGAAAACCAGUAUCUAGUUUAUUUCAUCAUAGAAAAGGAGAUAGUGAACACCUCCAUGUCCAUGCUGUUCUCCAUCAAUCCGGAGAACGGUAAUCUUUACGCACUAAAGACUUUUGACUAUGAGAUAGAGAAGGAGUUCCUUUUCCACAUUGAGGCCCGAGACUCUGGUGUUCCUCCACUCAGCAGUAACGUGACUGUCCACAUCAUUAUUGUGGACCAGAACGACAACACCCCGGUCAUAGUCUCUCCGUGGCGCGCCCACGGCUCCGUGGUGGAGGAGAAGAUCCCCAGAUCCACCGAUAAAGGAUCCCUGGUCUCCAAGGUGAUAGCCAUAGACACGGACUCGGUCCAGAACUCUCGGAUUACAUACCAGUUUCUACAGGUUACUGAUGCCACCUUAUUCAGUCUGGACCAAUACAACGGAGAGGUCCGGACAAUGAGAAUGUUCAGUUACAGAGAUCCGCGUCAUCAACGGCUGGUUGUCAUCGCCAAGGACAAUGGGGACCCUGCUCUCUCUGCUACAGUCACCAUAAAGCUCUCAACAGUGGAGACUGCCGUUAAAGCCUACUCUGAUAUGACUGAAGUGCCUCUAGAAUAUGACAUAUUUUCAGACUUAAACCUAUAUUUGGUGAUCGGCCUUGGCUCCGUGUCCUUUCUGUUAUUGAUCACCAUAUUGGUCACCUGUGUGCUGAAGUGUCAGAAACCAAAGCCCAGCAAAGCAGCUCCUCCCAGUAGGAACAGCGUGAUCAGCGAGAGGAACUCAACCAUCGCAGAUUCCACCCUGGUCUCCAACGAUGCCUACUGGUACAGUCUGUUUCUGGCGGAGACUAGGAAAGGAAAGCUGGUAGUCAGACAGCCUGUGCCAAAGGCGGGCUCCAGAUACAUUGUGUCCAGUAUACCAAGGAGCACGGGCCUGACAGAGACCAGCGACUCAGCAGCCUCUACUCUGCAGGUAAGAAAUACGACGCCUACUUGUACAGUCUGUUUCUAGCGGAGGAAAGGAAAGCUGUUUGUCAGACAGACUGUGCCGAAAGCGGGCUCCAGAUACAUUGUGUCCAGUAGCCUCCAGUAGCCUCUACUCUGAUUCGCUGCUCUGAGCCUCUACCCCAGGGAUAGUCAACUAGAUUCAGUCACGGGCCACAUUUUUUUCUCGUGCGGAUGGUCGUGGGUUUGGAACAUAAUUACAAAUAAUUUGUGGACUGCAAAUUGACCGCAAGUAGCCCAAACAGAUAUCAUAUUUGCCUAAAACAAUCAUUUCAAACUUUGCUUACAUUUGUAUACGACAACGUGUCUCUCCAUUAUGCGUGGGAAUACUUGAACAGAUUUCUUAAAUUAAAAUAUCUUGGAGCUGAUGUCCUGGUGUUUUUAAAGUAUUUUAUGAUCAGAACACGUUGGGGGCCAAAUAAAACCACCCAAGGGUCAAAUUCGUCCCGCUGGCCGCCAGUUGGGGAACCCUGCUCUGCUCUGACUCUACUGGUUUAACAUAAUGUGCAAUAACUUUGACGUGUGUUCUCUGCAGUACGCAUGCGUACAAUUGAUAAGCACGUUGGCUAAAGUUCGACGAUAAUUUGAAAGCAUUUAAAACAACACAAAUUUUACUUUCACAUUCCAUUUGUUUACCAUUGAACAAUCAAUUCACCUCAAACAGUUAGGUUACUAAUAUUUCUGUCCACAACUGCUGCAAUUGUUACAAGAAGUAAACACAAUUAACCAAUAAUAGGCCUAAAUAAAACAAUGUUCAUAAUGUUUUCUUUACCUCACAUUCUAUAACUAUUAUUGUGUGUCGUCUUUAAUCGUCACAUAAAUAAUAUCACCAAAAAGUGUGCAAUAAAUAUGUAUUAAAUUCAACGUUGCAAGGGCUGUUAAAAUGCGCAAAGGGUCGCUGCUCGCCAAUAAAACGCACUCUUCGGUGAUGGAAUGGUAGCCAUGACAGUUCGUCAUAGCGAUAAAGACAAUGCGUAUUCUGUGUGGACAGCUCCCGGGUUCUGACAUUUAUCACUGCUUUUGAGAAGGUCGUUUUUGUCUAUAUCUUCAAAAAGGUUACAUAUCUCAUUUUCUUUACCCAAGUUCGCCACCAACUUAACGUUUUCGUUGUGCAGCAUUACGCACAUCCUAACAAUGGAGGUGCAUAUUAGUGGAGAGCCCUGGAGAAGGUACGUCUCGGUCUUUCUUCUUCUCUCUGCUGUAUUGAACACGGCAUCUGCGGUUACUCACUAUUCUAUUCCUGAAGAGAUGGAGGAAGGCUCCGUUGUUGCUAAUUUAGCUGCCGAUUUGGGUUUGGAUGCUAAAAUCAUGGCUAGGCGUAAAGUACGGUUGGAUGUUAUCGCCAAUAAGAGGUAUCUGGAGAUAAACAAAGACACAGGGGAGCUACUGAUAGCGGAGAAGAUUGAUAGAGAAUACUUAUGCAACGUUAAGACGUCAUCUUGUUUCCUCAAAAUGGAUGUUACCAUCGAAAACCCAAUAAGACUAUUUAAUAUUGAAGUGGAAAUAAUGGACAUAAAUGACAACUCGCCCCAAUUUCGCCGGGACACCAUGCACCUGGAUAUAUCAGAAUCCACCCCUGCAGGAGAACGAUUCUCGCUAACCAAUGCAGUAGACCCAGAUUUUGGUGCAAACUCUAUCAAUACGUAUCACUUAAGCGAGAGUGAGCAUUUUAGUAUAGAGAUUCAGACCGGAAGAGACGGGUCAAAGUUUGCUGAUUUGAUUCUUAAAAAGGCUUUAAACCGAGAGGAGCAGGCGGUUCAUAAUCUAAUACUCACAGCUGUAGAUGGCGGAGUCCCCACGCGCUCCGGUACAGCCAACAUCAUUGUUCGCGUUCUAGAUACGAAUGACAACGCCCCUCAAUUUGAUAAAGACAGCUACAACAUUAAUGUGAUGGAAAACUCUCCAAUUGGGAGCCUUGUGGUUAAAUUGAAUGCAACAGACUUAGAUGAGGGUACCAAUUCGGAAAUAGUAUAUUCAUAUAGUCUUUAUACAUCUGAUAAAACCCAACAAACUUUCAGUUUGAAUUCAAAAAAUGGUGAAAUCAGAAUCAAAGAAAUGAUAAAUUAUGAAGAUUUCAGGAUUUAUGAUAUGGAAGUUAUAGCAACUGAUAAGGGGCCUAAUUCAUUGACAGGGCAGAGUAAAUUAACUAUUUUGGUCACAGAUAUGAAUGACAAUCACCCUGAGAUAUCAAUUAAAUCGUUUCAAAGCCCUGUCAAGGAGGAUAUUCCAGUAGACAGUGUGAUAGCAGUGGUUAGUGUCAGCGAUAAAGAUUCAGGUGAUAAUGGGAUAGUUGAUAUUCGUAUUGCCGAUACAUUACCUUUUGCGCUGAGAGAGUCCUCAGAUAACUAUUAUGAGUUAGUAGUUUCACAACCUCUGGACCGUGAGAAGGUCCCAGAAUAUGACAUCACCUUUACCGUAACAGACAGGGGUUUCCCUCCACUAUCUGACAACGAAACUAUGACUUUAGAACUACUAGACGUAAACGACAACGUCCCACAGUUCCUCCAGUCGUUCUACACUAUACCCGUUAUGGAGAAUAACGCACCUGGGGCCUUGCUAAGUUCCCUCACUGCGUUUGAUCCAGACCUCCAUGAAAACCAGUAUCUAGUUUAUUUCAUCAUAGAGAAGGAGAUAGUGAACACCUCCAUGUCCAUGCUGUUCUCCAUCAAUCCGGAGAACGGUAAUCUUUACGCACUAAAGACGUUUGACUAUGAGAUAGAGAAGGAGUUCCUUUUCCACAUUGAGGCCAGAGACUCUGGUGUUCCUCCACUCAGCAGUAACGUGACUGUCCACAUCAUUAUUGUGGACCAGAACGACAAUACUCCGGUCAUAGUCUCUCCGUGGCGUGCACACGGCUCCAUGGUGGAGGAGAAGAUCCCCAGAUCCACCGAUAAAGGAUCCCUGGUCUCCAAAGUGAUAGCCAUAGACACAGACUCGGUCCAGAACUCUCGGAUUACAUACCAGUUUCUACAGGUUACUGACGCCACCUUAUUCAGUCUGGACCAAUACAACGGAGAGGUCCGGACAAUGAGAAUGUUCAGUUACAGAGAUCCACGUCAUCAACGGCUGGUUGUCAUCGCAAAGGACAAUGGGGACCCUGCUCUCUCUGCUACAGUUACCAUAAAGCUCUCAACAGUGGAGACUGCCAUUAAAGCCUACUCUGACAUGACUGAAGUGCCUCUGGAAUAUGACAUAUUUUCAGACUUAAACCUAUAUUUAGUGAUCGGCCUGGGCUCGGUGUCCUUUCUGUUAUUGAUCACCAUAUUGGUCACCUGUGUGCUGAAGUGUCAGAAACCAAAGCCCAGCAAAGCGGCUCCUCCAAGUAGGAACAGUGUGAUCAGUGAGAGGAACUCAACCAUCGCAGAUUCCACCCUGGUCUCCAACGAUGCCUACUGGUACAGUCUGUUUCUAGCAGAGACGAGGAAAGGAAAGCUGGUAGUCAGACAGCCUGUGCCUAAGGCGGGCUCCAGAUACAUCGUGUCCAGUAUACCAAGGAGCACUGGCCUGACAGAGACCAGCGACUCAGCAGCUUCUACUCUGCAGGUAAGAUGACCUACACCACUUCUUCCAGGAAAACAAACCCUUACAGCAAAUCACCCUGCAACAAUCAGAGGACGUCGCUAGGCGUCUGACCAAGUAGGCCUCGAUUCACACUUUGAGCAGCUGUCUCAAUACCUUUGUGGGUUAUAGGCCUAUUUACAUGUUUCUCUUUAAGUUUUGUUUUUCAGAGGUAUGUGUAGGCCUAAUUGUGACCAAAUCAGACGGAUGAAAAUAGCACACCAGCCUUUGCUCACCUCAAAACUCUCCUCAAUUACAGUCAGAAGCUUGCCCCUUGACUAAGAGCAUCACAAUGUCAGUUCAAGACACUGGAGCUCAUUUGGGUCAAUGGGAUCACUAUGAGAGAGGGUCUUGAUUCACACCUCGAGCAGCUGUCUAAGUACCUGUGUGGGUUUUAGGCCUACUUAUACCAUUUUCCAGAAGUUUUGGUCUUUAGAGGCUAUGUGUAGGCCUACUCAUGACCAAAACCAACCAACUAAAAUAGCAUAGCAGCCUUUGCAUCUAUUUCGUCAAAGUCAGUGGGUAGCUUGCCCCUUGACUCAGAGUACCACAGUGUAAAGGUUGAGACAGCUGAGGUCAUCUCGGUCAAUGGGAGCGCUAUGAAGGAUGAGCUCUGCAUCUGUUGAUAUUGUCAGGAGCUUCUCCUGCAGGCAGCAUACUGUACUUGUUCCUGAUUGGUCGAGUCUCAUGUAUACUGCCAGGAGUAGUCUGUCUUUCCUGUUUGAACUGUAAGAGAAACAAUGAGUGUAUCUCAAUGGUCUAAGGUGACACACUCUCCUUGUCUCCAGUGCUUUCACAUCAGUGAUAAAGGAAAGGACACAGGGAGAGAAUGAGACACUUAAAGGCCCAGUGCUGGCAAAAACAUGAUUUUCCUGCAUUUUAUACAUAUUUCCACACUACGAGGUUGGAAUAGUAAUGUGAAAUUGUGAAAAUCAAAUCAAAUGUUAUUUGUCACAUGCACCGAAUACAACAGGUAUAGAAUAGACCUUACCAUGACAUGCAUCCAAGCCCUUAACCAACAAUGCAGUUUUAAUAAAAUAAGAGUUAAGAAAAUAUUAACUAAAUAAACUAAAUUUAAAAAAGUAACACAAUAAAAUAACAAUAACGAGGCUACCAGUACCAAGUCUGUCACGAUCGUUCAAGGAAGUGACGGACCAAGGCACAGCGUGGUAAGCGUAUAUUUUAUUUAAUUAACGUACUUAACACACACAAACAACAAACCAAACGAUACGUGAAGUCCUAGGUUAACACCAAAACAAACCAUACGGAACAAGAUCCCACAAUAAACAGUGCUAAACAGGCUGCCUAAGUAUGGUCCCCAAUCAGAGACAACAAGCAACAGCUGCCUCUGAUUGGGAACCACCCUGGCCAACAUAGAAAUACAUGAACUAGAACAAAACAUAGAAAAUAACACAUAGAAAAUCCACACCCUGGCUCAACAUAUAAGAGACCCCAGAGCCAGGGCGUGACAAAGUCAAUGUGCGAGGGUACAGGUUAGUCGUGGUAAUUGAGAUAAUAUGAACAGUUGGAUUCAGAAGUUUACAUACACUUAGGUUGGAGUCAUUAAAACUUGUUUUUCAACCACUCCACAAAUUUGUUGUUAACAAACUAUAGUUUUGGGAAGUUGGUUAGGACAUCUACUUUGUGCAUGACACAAGUAAUUUUUCCAACAAUUGUUUACAGACAGAUUAUUUCACUUAUAAUUCACUGUAUCACAAUUCCAGUGGGUCAGAAGUUUACAUACACUAAGUUGACUGUGCCUUUAAACAGCUUGGAAAAUUCCAGAAAAUGAUGUCAUGGCUUUAGAAGCUUCUGAUAGGCUAAUUGACAUCAUUUGAGUCAAUUGGAGGUGUACCUGUGGAUGUAUUUCAAGGCCUACCUUCAAACUCAGUGCCUCUUUGCUUGACACAUUGGGAAAAUCAAAAUAAAUCAGCCAAGACCUCAGAAAACAAAUUGUAGACCUCCUCAAGUCUGGUUCAUCCUUGAGAGCAAUUUCCAAACGCCUGAAGGUACCACAUUCAUCUGUACAAACAAUAGUACGCAAGUAUAAACACCAUGGGACCACACAGCCGUCAUACCGCUCAGGAUGGAGACGCGUUCUGUCUCCUAGAGAUGAACGUACUUUGGUGUGAAAAGUGCAAAUCAAUCCCAGAACAACAGCAAAGGACCUUGUAAAGAUGCUGGAGGAAACAGGUACAAAAGUAUCUAUAUCCACAGUAAAAUGAGUCCUAUAUCGACAUAACCUGAAAGGCCGCUCAGCAAGGAAGAAGCCACUGCUCCAAAACUGCCAUAAAAAAGGCAGACUACGGUUUGCAACUGCACGUUGGGACAAAGAUCGUACUUUUGGGAGAAAUGUCCUCUGGUCUGAUGAAACAAAAAUAGAACUGUUUGGCCAUAAUGACCAUCGUUAUGUUUGGAGGAAAAAGGGGGUCUCUUGCAAGCCGAAGAACACCAUCCCAACCGUGAAGCACGGGGGUGGCAGCAUCAUGCUGUGGGGGUGCUUUGCUGCAGGAGGGCCUGGUGCACAAAAUAGAUGGCAUCAUGAGGAAGGAAAAUUAUGUGGAUAUAUUGAAACAACAUCUCAAGACAUCAGUCAGGAAGUUAAAGCUUGGUAGCAAAUGGGUCUUCCAAAUGGACAAUGACCCCAAGCAUACUUCCAAAGUUGUGGCAAAAUGGCUUAAGGACAACCAAGUCAAGGUAUUGGAGUGGCCAUCACAAAGCCCUGACCUCAAUCCUAUAGAACAUUUGUGGGCAGAACUGAAAAAGCGUGUGCAAGCAAGGAGGCCUACAAACCUGACUCAGUUACACCAGCUCUGUCAGGAGGAAUGGGCCAAAAUUCACCCAACUUAUUGUGGGAAGCUUGUGGAAGGCUACCCGAAACAUUUGACCCAAGUUAAACAAUUUAAAGGCAAUGCUACCAAAACUAAUUGAGUGUAUGUAAACUUCUGACCCACUGGGAAUGUGAUGAAAGAAAUAAAAGCUGAAAGAAAUCAUUUUCUCUACUAUUAUUCUGACAUUUCACAUUCUUAAAAUAAAGUGGUGAGCCUAACUGACCUAAAACAGGUGAAUUUUUACUAGGAUUAAAUGUCAGGAAUUGUGAAAAACUGAGUUUUAAAUGUAUUUGGCUAAGGUGUAUGUAAACCUCCGACUUCAACUGUACAUGUAGGUAGGGGUAAAGUGACUAUGUAUAGAUAAUAAACAGCGAGUAGCAGUGUAAAUAGUCCGGGUGGCCAUUUGAUUAAUUGUUCAGCAGUCUUAUGGCUUGGGGGUAGAAGCUGUUAAGGAGCCUUUUGGACCUAGACUUGGCGCUCUGGUACAGCUUGCCGUGCGGUAGCAGAGAGAACAGUUUAUUACUUUGGUGGCUGGAGUCUUUGACAAUUUUUGGGGCCUUCCUCUGAUACAGUCUAGUAUAGAGGUCCUGGAUGGCAAGAAGCUUGGCCCCAGUAAUGUACUGGGCCAUACGCACUACCCUCUGUAGCGCCUUGCGGUUGGAUGCCGAGCAGUUGCCAUACCAGGUGCAGCUGUAUAACUUUUUGAGGAUCUGGGGACCCCAUGCCAAAUCUUUUCAGUCUCAAGCGUUGUUGUGCCCUCUUCACGACUGUCUUGGUGUGUUUGGAGCAUGAUAGUUUGUUGGUGAAGUGGACACCAAGGAACUUGAAGCUCUCGACCUGCUCCACUACAGCGCUGUCGAUAUGAAUGGGGGUGUGUUUGGCUCUCCUUUUCCUGUAGUCCACGAUCAGUCGUCCGGAACAGCUGGUGCUCUCAUGCACUGUUCAGUGUUGCUUGCCUCGAAGUGAGCAUAGAAGGCAUUUAGCUUGUCAUGUAGGCUCGCGUCUCUGGGCAGCUCACGGCUGAGUUUCCAUUUGUAAUCCGUAAUAGUUUGCAAGCCCUGCCACAUCCGACGAGCGUCAGAGCCGGUGUAGUAGGAUUCAAUCUUAGUCCUGUAUUGAUGCUUUGCCUGUUUGAUGGUUCGUCUGAGGGCAUAGCGGGAAUUUUUAUAAGCGUCCGGAUUAGUGUCCCGCUCUUUGAAAGCGGCAGCUCUUUAGCUCAGUGCGGAUGUUGCCUGUAAUCCAUGGUUUUUGCUUGGGAUAUGUACGUACGGUCACUGUGGGGAUGACAUCAUCGAUGCACUUAUGGAUGAAGCCGGUGAUUGAUGUGGUAUACUCCUCAAUGCCAUAGGAUGAAUCCCGGAACAUAUUCCUGUCUGUCCUAGCAAAACAGUCCUGCAGCUUAGCAUCCGCAUGAUCUGACCACUUCCGUAUUGAGCGAGUCACUGGUACUUCCUGCUUUAGUUUUUGCUUGUAAGCAGGAAUCAGGAGGAUAGAAUUAUGGUCAGAUUUGCCAAAUGGUGGGCGAGGCAGAGCUUUGUACACGUCUCUGUGUGUGGAGUAAAGGUGUUCUAUAAUUUUUUUUUUUUUCUCCCUCUGGUUGGACAUGUGACAUGCUGGUAGAAAUGAGGCAAAACGGAUGUACGUUUUCCUGCAUUAUAGUCCCUGGACACUAGGAGCGCCGCUUCUGGAUGAGCAUUUUCUUGUUUGCUAAUGGCUUUAUACAGCUCGUUGAGUGCAGUCUUAGUGCCAGCAUCGGUUUGUGGUGGUAAAUAGACAGCUACGAAAAAUAUAGAUGAAAACUCUUGGUAGAUACUGUGGAUAGUGUGGAAAAUGUAGUCUAAGAGCUGUUUUGAAAAGACCGCCUGAAAUUUCAGCCUGUUUUGGUGGGAUGGAUUUUUGUCCUUCCUGGUGACAUCACCAGGUGGUAAAUUACUGUAGUUAAUAGACCAAUAAGAAUGGGAGUUCCAAACCUCUCUGCCAAUAACAGCUAGUUGUCCGUUUUCCGUUCCACACUCAGACCACUCCCAGACAGUCAUUGCAAAAUUCAUGCUUGAGAAAUUGCUCUUUGCUUAAAAGCUAUUUUUGUUUAUUUCUGACCAUUUUAACUUAAUUUCAAACAAUUACAGUAAGGUACUUAAUUGUUACCAAGAAAUGUUUUGAUAUUGAGAUAAAAAUGGCUGCAUUGGACCUUUUAAGACUACAAAGACUGCAUCAUGAAUAACACAAAUAUAACACUUUAGUGAAAAGUUUAUUUCUGAGAAGAAGCAAUGAUGAUUUCAUAUUACAUUUUUCGACAUCAGAAACCUGGCAAAUUACAACCCCAAAAAAAGUAAGAUAAAAAAAAUAAUGUUUGCCGUCACAAAAACUAUUAAAAAUAAAGAAAGUCACAAACUCUCCCGUUUACAUUACAGAAACUAUUCACAGAAACGUAUCGCAUACUGUUUACCCAGAUAUACAGUAUAUAGAAAGUAUCAGAUGCAGAGAUGGCAGGUGUAACAUUUCCACUUUCCACCACAUUACCAGUCUAAAAAUAGGUCACCUUCUGGUGUUGCCAGUUAAUCCUUAUGACAGGCCUAGUUCCUUUCUCUCUGAAAUGCAUUCACCUGGUAUUCAUUCAUAUCACUUCCCUCUAGCAUCUCAGUAAACAGCUGCAGCACCUGCUGUGAAUAAAACCUUCUAAUUUGGUCUGACAGGUUGAGUGGUGUGUUGCUGUGUGGCGUGUGGUCUAUAUUUCACUUCACUGACUGUGCCUGCAUACUGCAGUCAUUUAGAGGUAUACUGCAGCCGUUUUUCGAGGUAACACAGUGAUGAAGAUUACACAGUGCCAGAAGCAAUUCUAUUUAUGUAUGGUCUUCUAGAAUAUGGGGAGACAGAAACCCCUUGAGCUUUCAAAACAGACCAGAUAUGGUUUUACAUUAGAUUCACAUUAGAUUAGUCUAUUAUUAACCUAGAGGCAUCCGCUCAUCAUUGACAUCAAAGGUUUUUAUCUAAUGUUCUAUCUGCUUAUUGACUUCCUUUCAUCAAAUAUAUUCAACUGCAGCUGUAAAUGCAUUCGAAUAAACCCCUCUCUCUCCCACAGUGAGCCCAGUCAAGCUGAAGGCCUAGCUUUGUGUAAAGCUUUUCAAUGCGGCCACUCCCCCUCUAUGCUGCAGAGGUUAUCUCUCCUCCUCUUGCAUCUCUCAGUAAGGGAAGGAGAGCAGGAGGAGGUCUGCAGUAAGAGAUGGGUCAGGGUUGUAGUCAGCUUGUUUUGCUGUGCAGCUCUCUCUCUAUACCUAAUAAUGUGCACUGCCAGUUCUCAAAAGCCAGUGGCCAUGGCCUUUCUACACGUUCUGCAAGAUCUGUUCUCAUGUUAUUAUACAUUUGCGCACUCAUUCCAAUUAUAACACAUGUUUUCCUUGAUCAAGGCUAGUUCUUGUAAAAAGGUAAGUUUGGCAGAAUAAGUGAUUGUGUGCGCUCUUGUGUGUGAGGGUGACUGUGUUUGUGUGUGUAUGGAUUGCUGAAACUGUCAUUUUCCUAACUAACUCAUGUUAUCCUUUUCAGACUGCCAUGCAAUUUUUCCUGUUAUGGUGUUUUGUCUGUUUUAUCUUAAGCAUCUUCUGUUUUGGGCUAUAUUAUUCAAAGUGCAGAUUGUUUCGCAGACUUAUAAGAUACUCUCUUUAGUAGAAAUGCAAUGAUUAAUACGAAAAAAGUGAGAGUAUAGCCAUAGGCCAAAACCAUGCAUACAGAAAGGAUUCCUCUUCUUGUGUUCUGCAAUGUCUUGACCAUUGAAAUGAUUCUUUCUUUUCUCCCUGUUCUUAAGUACCCUAAGUGAGGGAAGUCCACUCUGCAGUUGGAGGUAUGCAGGAGUCUCACUCACCCGCCCCGGAACCCCUUAUUGAAUUACCUUACAGAAAUGAUGUAUUUUCGUUUUUGUGUCUUUUUUUUGUUUUCGGUGGAACUCCAGUUCUCUUGUCGUUUCUUUGUUCCUCUUGGAGGACGUGCUGUGGUUUUGAUGACAAACAUCACUUGGCCGAGUCGAUACCAAACCCCUGCCCUCCUGCCCUGUUCCCCAUGGCUUAAUCCACAAUUAAAAAGCACCAGAUUGAGGCUGGCCUGCACCGACCUUUUGUCCCUUUUAACAGAUCCUCAUCCCAAAACUAGCCACUGCUGCCCAUAUUAGACUCUCACCCUCAAGGCCUAUUGAGCCUGUCUCAGCUCUAGAAAUGCUACUGUUAUGAUGCUGAUGUCUAGGUCCUGCUGACCUAGUUUCCUAACUCUACAGUACAUUUGGUCUUUCUCCUCUGCCAGAACAGUGACUUUUGGACGGUUUCCUGUCAGGGAAACAAACUAAUGGCAUUGAUUGACCUCAGAGGACAUCAGACAGAGACAGAGUAAUAAUCAUAAUGCUGCUGAUAAUAAUAAUCUGUGAUCUAUUUGGCAGAAGCUCUGGCUUUAGUUGUAAUCCAGAUUAAAGAGGGGGAUAGAUGAAGGUAUGUCCUCUCUCCUGCGAUUGCCUUUCGUUUUUUGGGCACACACCUGUCUGUCCCACCUGACUGCAGCCAGUCACUGAGCCCUAAGCCCAGCACCUGGACCUAAUGAAAAACGUAAACAUGUCCUGCUUACACUUACCCACAACUAUGGACUCCCUUGACUGAUGCAUUUUACAGUAUCCUACCAGGCCCUCCCUGAAACCACCACAGAAGCUUUCUAACCAGGCUGUCAUACAUUUUUACAUGUAGCAGAACUAUACAUCUAAUAGGUUUUCACACAGUCCUCUGCAUGUGAUAUUAAUAUGUGUUCAUCUCCUUCAGUCCCAUCACUAAAGCAGACCAGGCACAUACUCUACUGCAUCUCAGACUGUUAGUUUGGUGGAUUGGACUGUAGUGUUUUUGGUGUGAUUGAUUGAUUGUUUGAUUGUUUGACUGACUGUUGUUGAGUUCACAACACAAUGAUCCUUGUGAAUUCCUGUUUACUGGGAUGUGAUGUGUGACCUAAUUCUUCGUGCAGAGGGACGGGAAAUGAAACUAAUCACCCAGUUACUUAGCAACCACUCUCUCGCUCCCUCAUAAUCUUGGAGCAUGGUAUUCAUGAAUAGCCCCCCCCCCACCACCACCACCACAUGUCCCACUCUGUCGUUCUGCCUGAUGCCCUGUCUGACUGACAGACCUCGGCUGCAUGAGACAUGUCAGAGUUUGGCCAAUCAUAAGGCUGUGAAUGUCCCAGAUCCCUCCCACUUUUGUCUAAUUCUCUCCUCUCAUUCGCAGGGGUCGACCACCACCGGCAGCAGUUCCUCGUAA